AUGGCUAGUCAGAUUAUUAUUGUUGGUGGUGGACUAUCGGGGCUCUCAGCCGCCCACACUGUGUUAGAACGCGGAGGAAACGUCCUUGUUAUUGAUAAGAACUCCUUCUUUGGCGGUAAUUCCACUAAGGCCACCUCUGGUAUAAAUGGUGCUUUAACCAAAACCCAGAUAGGCAAGUAUUAUAGAAUACCUACACCUAAUUUCAAGAUAUCGUUCUAUUAUAUGAUUAUGAGCACGGGUCAUUUAUCAAAAACGGCAUCUUAUAAUUCUCCAUAUCUUAUAAAGGUGCUUACAGGAAAUUCAGCCUCUGCUGUAGAAUGGCUCCAGGAUAAAUUCAAACUAGACCUUUCACUCGUUUCAAGAUUAGGUGGUCAUUCUCAUCCACGUACUCACCGUGGUAAAGAAAUGUUUCCCGGCAUGACCAUCACCUAUGCAUUAAUGGAGCGCUUCGAAGAGAUUGUCGAAAAACAGCCCGACCGAGCUAGAGUCAUUAUGAAAGCACGUGCUACCAAUUUGAUUAAAGAAGGUGAUGCGGUUGUCGGUGUCGAAUACGUCAAAGACGGCCAGACCUUUAAGGAAUACGGUCCCGUAAUCUUGGCUACGGGUGGUUAUGCUGCUGAUUUCACUGAAGAUUCAUUGUUAAAGAAAUACCGUCCCGAUAUAUAUGACCUACCUACCACCAAUGGAGAUCAUUGUACCGGUGAUGGUCACAAAAUGGUUCUUGCCAUUGGUGGAAAAGCCAUUGAUUUGGAAAAAGUUCAAGUACAUCCUACCGGCUUGGUUGAUCCAAAAGAUCCUAAUUCUAAGAUCAAAUUCUUGGCUGCUGAAGCUCUCCGAGGUGUUGGUGGUUUGCUAUUAAAUGCCGAUGGAAAACGGUUCUGUGAUGAAUUGGGUCACCGUGAUUACGUUACUGGUGAAAUCUGGAAAACUAAGUCGCCAGUUCGUCUCGUGCUUAACAGUAAAGCCUCAAAAGAGAUUGAAUGGCAUUGUAGACAUUAUAGCGGUCGUGGAUUGAUGAAGAAAUUUAGCUCUGGUGAUGCAUUAGCAAAAGAAAUUGGAAUUCCCGUUUCACAAUUGAAAGCGACCUUCGAUGAAUACAAUGAAAUAGCAGCAGGCAGAAAGAAAGAUCCAUAUGGUAAAAAGUUCUUCCAUAACGCGCCAAUUUCCGUCAACGACGAAUUUCAUGUUGCCCUAAUGUCUCCAGUGUUGCAUUACACGAUGGGUGGUGUUGAAAUCAACGGUGAUUCCGAAGUGAAAGAUGUGACAGGAAAAGUUAUACCUGGUCUUUAUGCAUCUGGGGAAUUAGCCGGAGGUGUCCAUGGGGCAAACAGGUUGGGUGGUUCAUCUCUUUUGGGAUGCGUGGUAUUUGGUCGGGUUGCUGGUGAUGCUGCGGCACAUUAUCUCCUUCAGAAUUUGUCUGCCAGCCGUCGUCUUGGUCAAAUUGCCGGACAACUGUCUCCAUACCAGACCACCAUUUCUGUGGACCCAAAUAACCAAAAAGUGUCUUUAGAAAUCUCAUGGGGUCAACAAGGUGGUGGUGCGAGUCAAAAUGUUCAAGAGAAAUCUUCUGUUCCUGCAUCCGCACCUGCUCAACCAGAGAAGGCUGAAUCACCAAAAGUAUUAAAGGAUUACACUCUCAGUGAAGUAGCCAAACAUAACACUGAAAAAGAUUGUUGGGUAGUUGUUAAUGGUCAGGUUUUGGAUGUUACUAAUUUCCUUCCGGAUCAUCCCGGUGGCAAAAAAGCUAUUUUACUAUAUGCCGGAAAGGAUGCGACAGAAGAGUUUAACAUGCUACACGAUAAAGGUGUUGUUGCUAAAUACGCAAAGGAGGAAA